AUGGUUGCCCCAGGACAGGUCCUCGGUCACAGUUACCCCCAAGAAUUUAAAACUGCUCACCCUCUCCACCUCCCCACCGCCAAUAAAGAGAGGCAGAUGGUUACUGUGACCCUUCCUCCGGAAGUCCACAAUGAUCUCCUUGUGAUUGUGCUCUGUCUCAUUCAUAUAUUGGAUAUUUCUUUGUUCCAGGGUUAUCUGUCCUCUCUGAGCAUGAAAGCAUUCACCUACAUCAACCUGGACGGCAUUGUGACAGGUCAGAAUGGGUUUAAAGUAGCAGCCAGCCCAUUGCUGCACAGCCUGGUCCAAAACACUCUGAAAGAGGUGAACUAUGACAAGGACAAGUCUCUUCUUUCUCAGUUUGGAAAGAACAACUGGGAGUCUACUAUUCUGGAGCCUCUGAGGAUGGACAGUGCUGCGUAUCCUUUCCUCGCCUUCUCCGGCAUUCCCUCAGUCGCUUUCAGAUUCAACUCUGGAAGUUCAGACUACCCAUACUUUGGCACAACCCUGGACACCCAACAAAACCUGAACUCUAUCACAGCCAGCCAGGUUCCUCAGCUGGCUGUGAGAGCGGGCCAGUUUGCAGGUCACAUAGCGCUGAGGCUGGUCCAUGACCACCUGCUGCAGAUGGACCUGAAGAAGUACAACCAGCUCAUACGCAGCCACGUGGUUCAGAUUAAUACAAGGGUCAAGAAUGUUCAGAGGUUGCAGCCCCAGCUGUUGCCCAAAGCUCUGACAGUGCAGUGGUUGAUCAUGGCCUCUGGCUCCUACAGCCGUGCCUCUAGCGCGCUGGCAGCCGACAUCCAGAACAGCGACCUGGAGGACAUCGAGAUGUGCCGCGUGAUCAAUGACCGCAUCAUGACGGUGGAAAGGAACUUCCUGUCACCCUACGUUUCUCCCAGAGACAGCCCCUUCCGUCACAUCCUGCUGGGCUCCGGUCCCCACACCCUCAAAGCUCUGACCAGCCACCUCGACUCUUUGAAGACUGCCAACCCCGACGCCGACGCUGAGCUGUUCCGCAACCAGUUUGCCCGGGCGACCUGGACCGUUCAGACCUGUGCCAACUCCCUAGCAGGGGACAUCUGGUCUCUGGAUAAUGAAAUCUAGAAAAGUCCUGUGCCCUCCCUUGUUCAUGGUUUGGCCCUCUUAAUAGAACUGGCAGUGCUGUUGUGAUUAAUCACCACAUUUUCAGCGGAUAUCUACAAAGUCAUCAUAUCGUUUCCACGAUGUUCAUUUUCCUUUUAUCUGAAAUUCUCUUAAAGCCCAACAUGUUGCAAAGUGGUUUGUAAGCCUUCCGCCUUAAAAGGACUAACCUCUAAGAAUCUUGAAUUUGAACAUGUGGUAUUUAGUUAUCACAGUCUUAAAUCCCUUGGUGCUAAUAAUGACGACAAAUGUUAUGUGGAAGUACUACUUUAAAUUGGUGUUACCUCUGAAUGAGUUGGAGUUGGAUUUUUCUUUACUUCCAGAACAGUAUCAGGUCAGAAUCACAGUAAAGACUGUGUUUGCCAGCUCAGAUCUUUAGACCGUAGAAGCGCAGUAUAAUAACAAUAAGCUAAUGAUUUUGUAUUUGUUUACCACGAGGCAAACUGCUGGUAUUUCUGCUACUGCUGCAGCUUGGUGUUCAAACCUGAGCUGGUUUUUAUUGGUAGCUAAAAUAUCUCAUACUGUGCUGGAUUCUGCUACACAACUCAGUCAGAAAAUAGAUUCAGGCAUUCAGCUGCUGAAAGAAGUGCAGAUUGAUUUACAGCAUGCAGCAGCAACAGUGCACACAGAUUUGGAAUAAUCGGCUACUUUAAAUGGGGGGGGGAAAAGUCCUAAUUGUAUGCAAGAAUUGGAAAAAAAAAGUGAUCUGAGUCAAAUAAGAAACGCAUUUCUUGGCAUUGGAGCUAAUCUGUGCAGACCUGUCAAAGCAGGGGAAAAGGUCCUCAACCAUGUGGCACUGAAACGGAAACCGUAUGUUUAUUUAUUGUGUUAUUUAUUUAUCAGUGGCAGGGUUCACUAUAAAUAGUUUUUAAUCACGUUUUAUAUAAAGUAUAAUUAUCGGGGGCAGUGUCUUCCAUAAUUAUGACAGUUAUACUGUCGAAAUGACAAAAGCAGCAUCUGCUAAAAGAAGUGUACAUGUGCACCGACAGCUGGUACACAGCAGUUUCUUUCCCCUCUCUCAACUGACACUGAACUGGUCUCUGAGCAAUGCCAGCUCACACAUCACACCUGACAAUAUUUACCCGUACCUGUCCUUUGGUGCAUGUACACUUCUCAUCUUGAUGGCAUUAUCGGGAGCAGUGAUUUCCAUAAUGUGAAAAACAGAAGGUAGUUUUUGCCUACCAGUGUGUGCCGUAUCGGAGGCAGUGCCCUCCAUAUUUCACUGUAGGGGUGGAUGUUUUUUAUUAUCGGGGACAGUGUUUCCCAUAAUGUGUAUAUACAGUACAAAGCUACACAUCGCACACGUUUGCAUCUUUGCAAUCCCAUCUGGCGUUCCAUGCUAACUUCUUCAGCGUUCCUCUCUAGACAGGCAGGUUGGCACCCCGAGCACCUGAUCACAGAUCAGUGUCUGUGCCAUUGGUGAGGCCAAGCAACCGAUGUGCUUGUUUUUAGUGGGACGGUCUGUUUUGAAGCGAACGCUGGUCUGCUUUGGUCUUUUCUUUGUAUAUGGAAAGUGUCUUUGCUUUAAGGAAAGCACAAAUGCGUAAUGUGGUUACAACAGCGUGGUCCAGUAUCUCCGUAAUCAGCUCCCACCCUGUGUUAUGGAUUUAGUUUAAUGAAUUAAAGUUCAUCGUACCUUCUCUUUUGAUGAAUUCACUGAGAUUUCCUUGUGCCUCUUCUUUUUGUUUCUGAGCUGACGAAUACUUGGAUUGUUUAGUUUCAUGUAUCAGGGUUCAGUUUGUUGUUUUUCCUGUUUCUCUAAGAAUCAAACUGGUGUUAAAGCAGAGUUGCUAGACAGAAAACAAAUGGAUGUGAGUCCAUUUCAAAUGACUGAAAGCAGGAUUCUGUCCAAAACCCAUCUGACUGAUUGUAGUUCACCACACUUGUUAACAUGAUACAUUAACCAUUCGUCAUUUGAGUGAUUUUUACCUUAAUCCUGUUGGUUUAUAAUGGGGCAAGUUCUGGAAAUUGCAACUCCAUUUUCAGCACUGGCUUGUAAGAAUUAGCAGAUGAGUUUUGGGUCAAAGGGGAAAAGUGUAACCCUUGUUAAAGAAUGUUUGAAAAUGGUCGAUUAUUAUUGUGCGUGGUUUUCUUUUUUUGUUCUUUUUCCUUUCUCUCAAACUGUGCGCACAUUUGCUUAGCUUUAUUUCAAUUGUUUUGUUUUGUUGCUGCAAUAAACAAUCACAGCUAUUGGA